UUCACACCUCAUCCAAUUGGCAUACAACUUGAGAGAGAAAAGUUUCGGUGAAGACGAACAACAUGGCGCAUGUAGCCGGUUUGCUUGCCUCGGCUGUGGUUUCAGCGGUGGGCAAUAAGCUGGGUUCUGCCAUUGGGGAUGAGGUCACGAUGCUGUGCAGCUUCAAGGACGACCUCCAGGACAUGAAGGACACACUGGAGUACAUGGAGGCGGCGCUCAAGGAUGCUGAGAGGCGGUCUGUCACGGAGGAGUUGGUGCGGGUGUGGCUCAACCGGCUCAAGCACGCUGCCUACGACAUCUCUUACAUGCUCGACGAGUUCAAAGCUAAUAGUGAACCAGCCUCCAGAAAGCUGGACUGUUUUGCUAUUGCACCCAAGAUUGCCAUGGCUUAUAAGAUGAAGAAAAUGAGAGGCCAGCUGAGGAAGAUCAAAGAGGAUCAUGAGAGUUUCAAAUUCACACAUGACAACUCCAGCCUAAUUGAUGUGCACCAGCUUCCCGAUCCACGGGAAACAACAACAAAUGUGAUUGAAUCACUCAUCAUAGGAAGAGACAAAGACAGGAUGAAUGUCCUUUCUUUGUUAUCCACAAGCAAUAACAACAAAGAACAUAUAACCGUUCUUCCUAUCUGUGGGCUUGGAGGCAUAGGAAAAUCAACUUUGGCACAAUUGGUUUUCAAUGAUACUCAAUUCAAAGAUUAUAAUCAUCGGGUUUGGGUUUAUGUAUCCCAGGUGUUUGAUUUGAAAAAAAUAGGGAACUCCAUAAUUUCUCAAGUACUCGGAAAAGGAAGCCAAAAUCUAGAUACAAGGGAGUUGAUAGACCAACGCCUUAAAGAUCUACUUCAAGAUAAGAAGACUUUAAUUGUUUUAGAUGACAUAUGGGAGACAGAUAACUUCCAACUGGAUCAACUCAAGCUUAUGUUGAAUGUAGGCUCCAAGAUGAAAGUCUUGGUCACAACACGCAGCAAAGACAUUGCAAGAAAAAUGUGUACUGUUGGUGUUCAACCAUACUUGCUAGAUCCCUUGGACAACGACAUGUGCUGGAGAAUAAUCAAGCAAAAUAGUGGUUUUGAAUGUAGGGUUGAUAAAGGCCAAGCUGAACCAGUUGGACAGAUAAUUGCAAGGAAAUGUGGAGGUUUGCCAUUAGCAGCUCAAGCACUUGGAUUCUUGCUAUCUGGAAUGGAUCUUAGUGACUGGAAAGCUAUGUGCAAUAAUGAUAUUUGGGAUGAACCAUUUUCUGAUAGUACAGUGUUACCAUCCUUGAAGUUAACUUACAAUACUUUGACACCAUAUUUGAGGUUAUGCUUUGCCUAUUGUGGCAUCUUUCCUAAAGGUCACAAUAUAAAUAAAGAUGAUCUUAUCCAUCAAUGGAUUGCCCUUGGUUUCAUCGAGCCAUCUAAUAACUUUUCGGCCAUACAACGUGCCGAGAAGUAUAUUAGGCAAUUCAUGGGGAUGUCUUUCCUUCAGCAUUCAAAACUGCGCACAGAAUUGCCUAAGAUAAUUCCAAAAACAAUCUUCACCAUGCAUGAUCUGGUGCAUGAUCUCGCAAGAUCGAUCAUUACUGAAGAGUUGGUUGUCUUUGAUGCUAAAAGAGCGAGCAGUACUAGAAGAAAAGAAUAUUGUUGUUAUGCGUCUCUUACAAAUUACAAUACUACAGAUUACAACAAGGCAAGGAAGAUGUCAACUAUUUUUCCCUCCAAGUUAAGGGCGAUGCAUUUUUUCAAUUCUGAAAUCCAUGGUGGUGUAUUUUCAUUUCCAAAGUGCUUGCGCGUCUUGGAUCUAUCUGGAUGCUCCAUCACAGAGUUUCCAAGUGCUCUAGGACAAGUGAAGCAAUUGGAGGUUCUUAUUGCUCCAAAUCUCAAAGAUCGGCAAUUUCCUGAGAGUAUCACUCAGUUCUCAAAAUUACAUUACCUGAACCUCAGUGGAUCAGAUAAAAUUUCUGCAAUACCAAGCUCGAUUGGCAAACUUGAGAGUCUAGCGCAUCUUGACUUAUCUUAUUGUACCAGUAUCGAAGUCAUACCAGAGGCUUUUGGAAGCCUAAAAAACCUUCAAACAAUAGACCUCACAUGGUGUGAGAAACUAGAGUCCCUUCCAGAGAGCCUUGGAAGCCUCAAAAACCUUCAAACACUCGACCUCGCACGGUGGAAGAAACUAGAGUCCCUUCCAGAGAGCCUUGGAAGCCUCAAAAACCUUCGAACACUGAACCUCUUAUACUGCUGGCAAUUGAAGUCCCUUCCAGAGAGCCUUGGAAGGCUUGAAAAACUUCAAACACUAGACCUCUCAGAAUGUAUGAAACUAGUGUGCCUUCCAGAGAGCUUUGGAAGCCUCAAAAACCUUCAAACACUAGACCUCACAUGGUGCUGGAAACUAAAGCCCCUUCCGAAGAGCCUUGGAAGCCUCACAAACCUUCGUUCCCUCGACCUCACACACUGCUGGGUAAUAGAGUCCCUUCCAGAGACUCUUGGAAGCCUAAAAAACCUUCAAACACUGAACCUCAGAGGCUGUAACAAACUAGAGUAUCUUCCGGAGAGCCUUGGAAGCCUCAAAAAUCUUCAAACACUCGACAUUGGAGGCUGUAGUAAACUAGAGUACCUUCCAGAGAGCCUUGAAAACCUGGUUGGAAACCUGAAAAUCAUUGGGAGCUGGAAACCUAAAAAUCAUUGGAAGAGGUUAAGGUUAUGGAUGCGAGAGCAUCAAGUCCUUGCCACAGUGUCUACAACAACUCACCAGUCCCCAGAUGGUACAUAAUGUGGACAGCAGCGAACUAAGGCUGUUGUGUGAACCAGGCUUGCCCGCAUCAAAAACAUUGAACUGCAGAAGCAUACAUGCACCGUUAUCAAUCAGCUGAAAUGAUAGGAGUACGUCUUCUCUGGGAAAGCGAAAAAGCUUCAUGGAGCGGUCCAAAGAUGAGGUCUAGCGCUGCACAUGGAAAAGCAUGACGGGGCGCGUAAAUCUUUAGCCAAGGACAGAAGCAGUUGAGCUAACCAAAUCUCAAGACUCUGCUUGCUGUCAAAGGGAGCUAAACUGCAACAUCGGUGGCUAGCUGAUGGCCUGACUAAGAAAGUACAGUGAAGGUGGUUGGAUCGACUCGUGUGAACUCAAUAGAAGAAGGGGGGCCGAAGUGAAAGAAGGCAGCUGGUUGUCAUCAUGAAGAUGAAGCAGAGACGCUUCUCUCUCUUUGUGAACCAGCUGGGGGACCUGCAACGUCUCCGUCAUUGAGGCCGGUAAUGCACACAUCAUCGACAACAAGUUCUUUCGAAGCUCUGCUUCUUCUCGUCUGCUCUCUGUAACCCCACAGGGAUUGGCUGGGACUACUUCAUUGCUGAAUUCUUGGGUGACAAAAACCCAUUGCCUGUGGACUCCUGAAAAUCUCUGUUGAUAAGUGUUUGAGUUAAUUCCUGUGAAAAGCUGGCACGUGCUUUGUAAGCACAUUAGUUAGUUUUAUUCCUGAUAAGUUUGCUUUGCUCAGCAGUUUGUAGAUCUAUCAUCUUGGUUGCCGGUCAAAAGAAAACAGCGGAAACUUCAGGGUUCAGUUCCUGGUUUGAAUUU